AUGGUAUAUACACGAUAUUUCCUAGGUCAUUUUGGCCUGUACCAAGCAUCGACAUGGGGUUUAGCAUUACUCCCUAUUCUCUCUUUGGGUUUCCAAGCCCCAUACCCCGAACAGCACCAAGUUUCGCCCAGCGUCGACGGGGAUUUGACAGAGUUCUUUCAACUCUAUAAACCCCCUUUGGUUCCUCUAUCUGAUACCUCUAGCCCACACGACGACUUUAGUGGUGAAGCGUGUUCUUCGACAAUUUUACAACAUGAGUUCAUAAAUUCUUACGGACAACCUGCUGUUGCUCAGUACUCCCCUCCUCCUCCAUCCUGCGAAUGGAAUACGGUCUAUUUUCAUCUUUACACUACUAGCAAAGGCCGACAGUAUGAUCGCCUUGCUUUCUUAUUUUUCGAUGAUACGGAGCUCUGGCGAACGAGUACCGCCGAGCCAAUCCCGAACGGCAUAUCCUUUCAGUAUACCAAAGAUGUAACACCUUUCAGCACGCUACUGAGGGCAAAUGGAACGAUCAUUUUUGAUAUGGGAAACAUGGUCACCGACAUCCUUACAGGUACUUUCGCUGUAACUCUGACAGCUCACUAUUUUAAGCUGGACCUUCCGCCCCACCAAAAAGUGGCCGACGUCGUUGUACCCAUUUCUAGAAUGCAAGGGUCAAAUGGACAGCCAAGUCACUUUGUUCUGCCUAACGAUGUUGCAGGAAGGAGUUUCUCUGUUCCUAAGAAUGUGAAGACUGCAAAGCUCUCCAUUAUAGCUAGUGGAAAUGCCGAAGAGGAGUUCUGGUACACAAAUGUACCGGAUGGGCUUGUCAAUUCUUUCCCUAAUAAUACCCUGUUGGGUCAUUCGCCCUACAGGGAGGUACAAGUGUAUGUAGACAGGAUCAUGGUUGAUGCUAUUGUUCCAGUGCCUACCAUCUACACAGGGGGUAUCAAUCCAGGUCUUUGGAAACCUAUUGUGUGCCCCCACGCCUACGAUCUAUGGGAGGCUGAAAUCGACAUUACUCUGUUCGUCGCCGGGAAGGCGAAUUCAGUCAUCGAAUUUAGGGUGGAAGGGCUCACCAGUGCCGGAGGCCGCCCGGAAAUCGGCGGAGGCAUCGGCCAGAACUGGUAUGUCAGCGGAACAACUUUCUUUUGGACGGACCCCCAGGCACCAAAAAUAGACCCCUCUGAGUAUUCUGUAGAGAUAUUUGCCGCGGUUGGUGUCGACUGGGCGGCUGAUGGCGAUGGCGUUGACCAACUGGUAAACUAUCGAACAUCAGUUCACCGCAGAACAGUAAUAUCUCGAGAUUUCCCAGAUGGGCGUUUGUGGUGGGAACGAUUUCAACGAUACGAAGUGGAGGGGAUUCUUUCAGCCAGUGGAAAUAAUCAGACGCUCCAAGCCAAUACUCAGGCUUUCGAAAGCUUUCAGACCCAGAAGGAGAAGAGAGAUUCCCCGAGUCCUCGGAAUAUAGAAGAAAACGGAUGGACACCGCUCCGAAAAUUGGUGUUCUCCUUACGCAUGGACCAAGCCUUCGUCCCAUAUCCUGAUAAAAGCUUCUUCUUACACGGCAGAGUUAAUAGCUUGUAUUUGAACCGUGGCCCAGAAUCGACGCUGCUCACAGACAGGUCUACCUUUUUCCUUAACGAAUUCCCCAGGAAGGAGCUUGGUGUCAACGAGUAUACCGAUCGCAGAUUUCUUGAUGAUGAGGCUUCCUAUUUCUCUGCGGCGACAGGAAGCAAUAAAACCAGUUGGAUUAAUGGCGCUUCUAACCAAGGAUAUAGCUACGAAAUUGGCGAUGGCUCAUUUACCACCGAGAGAACCGUCAAAAAGUACAAUAGAGAAAUGCGCAGCGUGUAUGCGCGCGUAACCAGUGAUAUUCAAAGCAUAAACGGCAUUCCAGUAAAACAGUCUAUCCCUGACCAAGUAUCAUCAAACAACAGAGGGUUAUUCGCGGUGGAAGUUGAAGAGGAGGAGCUCAUUUGUGCCCGCCUGCCGCACGGAAGAGGCAAAAGCAUUUUCCCUGCUGAAAAUUCCGGCCUUGUUUAA